CAAAUCCAGGCCAUAGCUUAUCCGCCUAUCCGCAGGCACACCCCCUCAUCGUUUUGCCCUUUUAUCUAUUAUUUAUGCCUUGACGCAAGUGUUUACGGGUCUGUGCGGAUGAGACCGGCAUGAGUUUAUUUUGUGGCCACCCAACAAUGUGUGACUGAGAGUAUCUCGCCCGUGAUGUGGCUGGGAUCUUGGACAUGCGUGAUCGUCUGUCCCGAAGCGCACUGAAUCAUUUUGACGCUUCAGAAUAUGUCAAAGCUACCGGAACACCAUGAGUGGAUCAGAAAAUUUAGCGUAUCCAGCCCUACAUUGCACAAAAAAGGGUACACAAUUUACAGAGUUGUUUCCAAGGUUUUCCCGAAAAAUUCGGUGGAAGCAACUUCCCAAGUCGUAGUGUGGAAAAGAUAUAAUGACUUUAAAAAGCUCUACAAGUCACUGCUGCAUAUAUACAAAGGCCUUCAUUUGAAAGGAGAAUUCCCAAAAUUUCCGAAGGCACAAAUAUUUGGGCGGUUCCAGGAAGAUGUUAUCGAAGCCCGUCGUCAAUCCGCACUACUUAUUCUAGAGUUUGCUGCCAGAUAUCCCGUGCUGUACAACAGCCAAGUCUUUGCCAAAUUCUUUGAGGGGGGAGAGCAAUGCGACGACCAACACGAAGACGAGCUCUCAAACCUGACUCCCCCCUUAGUCCCGCCGUCCUCUCAAAGUGGCGGAAGACACGAGAUACCUCAGAGAGAAGAUAGGACUGAAGAGGGGGAUGACGUGAGUAGUUUGGGAUUCUCAAGAAGAUCCACGCCCGAAAUUUUAAGCAUGAGCUCAAGAACAACAGACGACGACAUGGCAGAAUAUGAAUUCACACCUUGGGCUCCUGCCGACACAGAAGAAUGCGAGAAGCGUUCAGUAUCCUUCCGCUCAACGGAGCUUGCAAAGUUUGAUCCAGUUUUGCAGGGUGAUUCCGCAACACCGGACAAGGACACGUCUUCCUACCCGAGCAACGCCUGGAUACUUUCUGCCGUUGAAGUAUGCUCGCACUUGACCGAUGGCUCACCUCCGGAGUGUUCCGAAGCUUUCAUAUUUCCGAAACCAUUUCAAGACGUGGUGUCCGACGGCCUCCCGCCCUUUGGAGAACAGAACACGCAGCCGCAACAUCCUGCUGAACAGAAAGCUCAAAAAGAAGUUCCUGUGGAAGGCGGAACUGCUGCAGGAGGCCUCGCAGUAGCCCCACUUUCUCCCCUCGACGUUGAAGGCAGUAGGGACAACAAGGAAGCUGACUACUUACGAGAAGCUGCAGAAAUAGUGACAGAAGCGUACAAAAGUGAAGCUUCCGGUGAUUUCGUGACAGCGUUUUCGCAUUACAAAACUGCAGUAGCAGCUCUGCUGGGAGGUGUACAGAAUGAUCGCAACACAGCCAGGCGAGAGGCAGUUCGCCGUAAAACUGCGCAGUACCUCACACGGGCAGAGCAGAUUUACAGCACGAAGCUAACGGGUACUUCGAGAAGUGAGACACGAUGGACGUCCGACAUCCCACGAUCGAGGGAGCCGUCUCCGAGACCCGUGCCGUACGGAAUGCCCGUGGGCGGGGCUCUGCGAGGAUCUGUCCAGGAAUUGGGAAAUUACAAAGUCAUUGGUGUUGUUGGGAAAGUGCUGCUUGUACUAGACACUCAUCAAAACACCACGGUUGCUAUGAAGGUAUUGUGGAAAAGCCCAUGCCCAGCUGUCACUCCAAUGCCGAGUGUGGUUCCACGAGACAUAGCCUUUAUGGUACAACUUCUGAAGCUCUACGAGACUGACUAUGCCUACUUCCUCGUGCUCCAGUAUGCACCGGGAGGUCGACUCUGGGACUACUUGGGCACCACGGUGCACGGAUGUUCGGACAUCGCCUCGAGCGCUACUCAGGGCGAUACCCAUGUCGAGGACAUUAAUGUGGAAAAUGCCUCCCUCAUGCCACUCUCAGGGUCCCCAAAAAAGGCUCCAUCCACUGGUUUCCCCUCACCACACACUGUAAAGUCUGACCUUGAUCGUGUACCAGCCAGCUACCUUGCGCUGUUCACCAGUGAGCCAUCACCGCACAAUUCAUUGCCAGCAUGUAGCGUCCACUCUAGCCACUCUGCCCCUUGCAUAGAGAAGCGAACUAUGGGAUCAGCCACAGACGAGCUUGUGCAGUGCAACAUUGGUGUCGACGAUCUCAUCUCAAAUGCGGAGCUCCUGUUGAAGAACAUUGAAAGAACUUUGAAAGUGUGUGAUCCAGACUUGACAGCACGGAAGAGCUUUCAGGAAGAGCCCGUUAGCACGAAGGUCGAAAGGCGAAGUGCUCAGUCACUCGGGUCACAGGAUGCCAGCGUAAAGCAACCAAAAUCCAGCCAGCCCCCCAUUACCAGUACUGCGGAACGAAAGGACUCCUUGCCUUACCGAGCGGCGGAAGCGUUUGAACGACUGGACGGAGCGUUAGCGGAACACAGAAAGAUGGCUCCCCUGCGGCAUCUUCCCGAAUCCUGCGUGAGGUUAUGGGCUGCGGAAAUAUCUGUGGCCUUGAUGCAGCUCCAUCGCCUGGGACUCGUCUGGAAAGACCUGACACCGAAGAAUGUGCUGCUUUCAGACGGCGGUCAUGUUAUGCUCACUUACUGCUGUCAGUUCAAUUGCGUCGACAGCUCCCCGGGCCAGUUUGCUCUGGAGCAUCAGUACUCUGCCCCAGAAAUUUGCAAUCUCGGUGAAGUUACUCCUGCCUGCGACUGGUGGAGCUUUGGAGCACUGCUUUAUGAACUCUUUGUUGGUGUGCCUCUGCACGAAAACUACCCAGGAGGUGUGACAGCAAGCACGCAGAUAGAACUUCCAAACCAUCUCUCCAAUGAAGCUGUGGACCUCCUCAAGAGGUUGCUGACCUACAAUCCGCACCAACGCCUCGGCUAUGGAUCACAAGGUGCAAACGACAUCCGUAACCAUAGGUUCUUUGUUCCAAUCAGUUGGGCAGAGCUUGAGCCCAAGUAAGGUGUGUAAAGCGACUGCAGUGUGCAAGGGUUCUACUACUGUGACCUCUCCUCCGUGAGCUCCUCAAUGAAGUACUUCGCUUGUCAACCAUCAGGAUUUCGCCAGGUGACAUCCAGGAUGAUGUAGCCUCCUUUUACACAGUACAGGUAAAGCCUGAGUUGAGGCCAUGACCGAAACACAGAAACAUCGUACGAACUGCGAGCGAUACGAGACACAUUAAGAUCACGUUCUGUCUGUUCCUUUAAGUAUACCCCCCUUCUCCACCACACACAAACUUGUCAUCUUGCAGACGACGCCUUUCAUACAUAGAUCAUGCUUCACUGUUAUGUGCAAUUUGCUUGACAUUCGUCUCUGUUCAUGAUGAGGACACUAUAUAGUAGCGACAUUACUGUUUGCAAUGAAAGUUAAUGUUAUGUUUCAGAUGGUUGUGACCAUUAGUAUUUAUAUGACGUAGCCUCUCACUUGUAAAGAGCAAAAAUACUCAUCGGUGCCAUGGCUCUUGAGUUUGAGGAAUAAUAGUGCGAGAUUUUGCAUCACGGCAUGACUUGGCAAUAAUACUUGUAGUUCUUUCCAAUGUUACUGGGCAGGUAACGUGUAUCUAGUGUGUGCAUUUCGUACGUGUGGCGAAUGGUGUGUUUCUCCUUUUUCAACUGAUGAGGACUGAAAAUAGUGAUGUUACAUAUAUUGUACACAAAUCUGCUUUUUAGACCCAGCUAUUUGAAGCGUGUAUAUACAGCUGCAUUAUUGCCUGUGAAUAAACUCUGCAGAGAGGUCAGCUAUC